UGAAGCAUUUUGUAUAUAUAAUAAAUAUUUUUGACUUGAUUUUUAUUUGUGUUCAUCCAGUCUUGCCUUUAUUUUCACUUCUCUGUAUUUCGUCACAACAUGGCGACGCACUCAGAUGCCAGGCUCGAAUUAAAGACUGAAAACACGCAGGGCACUGAAGUCAUGGAAGAAAUCAUCGGGGUCUGUGGUUUAGAGGCCAGAGGACUCGUUGAAGGAAGCAGUUCACCCCUGGAUGUGGAGACUCCAACCCAGGAUAACAUGGAGGAUUUUGCAGGGCUGGUGAGCAGUGAAGAGGAAAGAGGGGAGACGCCAGGAAGGGAGGAUAGCAACCCUGACCCCCUCGAUGAGGAGUUGGACCCCAAAGCUGAGAAAACCAAGGACAAAAAAGCAUUCGGCAAAGAGGUUUUGUUGCUGAUGCAGGCGCUUCAUACUUUAGCCACCCCAGAAGAGAAACUUGCUGCCCUUUGUAAGAAAUAUGCAGACCUGCUGGAGGAGAGUCGCAGCAUGCAAAAGCAGGUGAAGGUAUUGCAGAAGAAGCAGAACCAGGUGCUGAAGGAGAAGAUCCAUCUGCAGAGCGAGCACAGCAAGGCUGUCCUGGCGCGCAGCAAACUGGAGAGUCUUUGCAGGGAACUUCAGCGCCAUAACAAGAACCUGAAGGAGGAGAACUCUCAGCGGUUCAGGGAGUAUGAGGAGCGGCGCAAGGAGGCUACGCUGCACUUCCAGAUGACGCUCAAUGAGAUUGAGGCCCAGAUGGAGCAGCACAACUUGCAUAACAGCAAACUGCGGCAGGAGAACAUGGAGCUGGCUGAGAAACUCAAGAAGCUCAUUGAGCAGUACGAACUCCGGGAGGAGCACAUCGACAAGGUGUUCAAACAUAAGGAACUGCAACAGCAGCUGGUGGACGCUAAACUCCAGCGGACGGCCGAGCUGAUGCGAGAGGUGGAGGAGAAACAGCAGAGAGAAAGGGAGUUCCUUCUGAAGGAUGCGACCGAGUCGAGACAUAAAUGUGAGCUGAUGAAGGAGCAGGAGCAUCAGUUAAAGCAACAGCUCACUCUGUACAUGGACAAGUUUGAGGAGUUUCAGACCACCCUCGCUAAAAGCAACGAGGUCUUCACCACUUUCCGACAGGAGAUGGAGAAAAUGACAAAGAAGAUCAAGAAGCUUGAGAAGGAGACCACGUUAUGGAGGACCAAAUGGGAGACUAACAACCAGACUCUGCUGCAGAUGGCAGAAGAGAAAACGGUGCGAGACAAAAAUUACAAGGCCCUCCAAGGCAAACUGGAGCGUCUGGAGAAGCUUUGCAGGGCCCUGCAGAGAGAACGCAAUGACCUGAACCAGAAACUCCGGGACCUUCAGGGCCCAGCGAAAGAUCCUGAGGAAGAAGGUACAGGGCCUCCUGACCCCCAGCCACUGGGCCUCUCCAGCCAGCUCUCCAAUCCAGAAAUGGAGAGAGAGGUAGAGGGAGAGAUGGAGGGUUUGGUGCCUGAAACAGAGCAACUUGGGCUUCAGCCUGAGGAAUCAGGCACCACAUCAUCCAGACAACUCAUUGAAGACUGAGCCUGGCCUUCUGGUGGCCUUUCUUUUUUGAUUUCUCUCUUUUUUUCUUUUUUUUUUUGUGGAGGUAUAUAUUUUUGUCUAACAAUUAUUAUCAUAAAAUUUGUGAGGAAAAAGCAGGACAUUAGUGAAGACGCUAACUGCUCUAUACGUUGGUAAUCCGCUUUGUGGCGAGCACUUUUUACUCCCUAUUUUCUAUCACAUUGUAUUUUCGUAGGAAAUGGUCAUGUGGUCCAAGACGGCCGCCAUGCAGCUUUGUUUUUGUUUUUGUUUUUCUUCCCUUUCUCCCCAUUUCUGUUUUCAGCCCUUUCCUGCUCAGCUGUGCUGUGGUUGCACGUUUUUCGUUUCUCUUUAAUAAAAUGUAGCUCUUCGCUCUGACCUCUAGAAUCUGAAUAAAUAAUUUUGGAUGCAUAUAAUGUUUAAUAUUGCUAUUUGAAAAUAACCAUACAUAGUCAACUAGCCAGUCCAGUUCUAGAUGACCAGAUAACCUUGAGACUGGAGAAACGGGGCAUUAAUAACAGAGGAGAGAUACAUUAACACACACUUACCUACUCAUUGGCACUUUGAGUCAGAGCCAAGACUGGUCCAUAACAAGUCAUUCUUCUAUUGCUUUGAUUAAAAUGGACAUGAAAUGGACUUUAAAGGAAGAUACAUGUCUUAUAAAUAAAAGAGGGGUCAAGACUUCUCACUGCCUGUGACUGGUUUUCAUAUGAGAAUCUGAUUAAGGGCUAGUUUGGCUUUGAAAAAGGCUGCUACAUCUUGAACAAUUAUGUGAAAUAUUAGGACAGGGUCAAACUGUCUCACUGAGAUUUCUAUGGGAGGGACUUUUUUGUUGCAUGACAGAUGAAGAGAAAUGCAUCUUUUCAAACAGAAAACUCAAUAAUGAUGGUAAAAUGCUAUGUGCAUUUAUAUUACAUUAAUAUUCAGUUCAACUUUGCAACCCCAUUUAUUUGAGAAACAGGGUAGUUUUUGUUGAAUCAGGGUAUCCAAGCCACUUCAAUCUUUUUUUUUUUUUCUUUUUUUUUAUUAAUUUUGGUCGAUUUUUAAAAUUUAUUUUCCAAAAAUCUCUUUAAUACUUCAGAUUUUUCCCAAAAUAGCUAAUUGCUGUUGAUUAGUCCUGAUGACAGUUAUUGUCUUAAUGGGAUUUUUUGUUUUGUUGUUGUUGCAAUUUUUUUUCUGUUAAAAGGGUAUUUCACACAAAUGUCAUAAUUUACUCACCCUCAUGUCUGUCUAAACCUGUAUGACAUUAUUUUUUCUGUGGAAAUAUUUCAAAGAUUUUCAAAAUUUUUGUCCAUGUAAUGAAAGUCAUUGUAUGAACUGAAAAAAUACAUUUUUCAAAUAAAAAAAAAUUUGUCAAAGGUUUGGAACAACAUGAGGGUGAUUAAAUGAUGACAGAAUUUAAUUUUGGGGAGAGAACUAUCUGAUUUUUUUUUUUUUUUUUUUUUUUUUUGCCACCUGUCUGAAAUGGACAGGUUGCAAUUUUUUUUACUCUUGAACUGGACACAAAACUUCCUCAUUUUAAAAGGGGUCUUAAUGUAUUUGAUACUGGAUAUUCUGAAUGUGAUUCUCUUUUUUGGACUUUAUAAUGAACAAUAAAAUGUCUGUAAUUCAAAUCUUUACAUUCAAAAUGUUCUAAAGAGCUGCAAACAUUCUCAAUAUUGCAAUGUAAAACUAUAUGUCGAGAACUGAACCGAUGAAUGUAGAAAUUGCCAAUUCCACAUCUAAACAGCCUCACACCCCUUUAAGAUCUGGGCUGUGUUUCAAAAACAUUGUGAGCUAAUUUGAUUUGUGGCAAUGGUUCUACUAUCUAUUUAAGCUUACUAUGCUUUUGGGAAACGCAGCACUGGUCAUUAUCAAGGACACAGGGUCUAGAAACACUUGCCUCUUCAGGUCCAUUAUAACAUCUGGCUCUGUUCAUGUCCUGAUCUGAACCUCUCACACUGGCCAGUACAUUCCUCAACACUGAAUCCAACAAAACAUACAGCAUUUUCAUUAAGUGCGCUUUGAACAUGAUAAUCUACUUUUAGUUGAAUUAAUCAUAUUAACCACAAAUGGUGUGUUUUGUAACCAAAUGUAGUGGAUGAAUGCAGUGUCACAUAAGUUCAGAAGGACAAGCGGUUUUCUGAGAAACUUGUCUGAAUGUGUUUAACUUGCCAAACUGUAAAACUCAGCUAUGGAAAGGUAGAUCUUCACCAGCUUCCAUCACUUCUGUUUUUAUCUAUAUAAAAAAAAAAUCCUGUAAUUUUGUUUUUCCCCCCAUUGUCUAAUAACCUCAAAUUUUGGAUAAGAAUGUUGAUUUUAUUAUAAGAACAUCUCAGCACUUGAUUUGUGUGGAUUUCCUCAAUGUAAGUUUCACCUCACUGUCAAAUAUUUUCUUAUCUGCAGAAGUCUGUGAGCAAUUAUUUUGACACAUACAUCUGUAAUUGUGGGGUCAUGUUAAUUCUAAAUUUGUGGAGUUGUUGGUACCGUCAUUUGUAUACUGCUUUUUUUUUGUGGCAAAGCCCUGGUUUGAUUCUCAGGUUAUGCAAGAAAUCUACCUCUUCAGGUAUGACGUACUGUGAAAGAUGCUCAAGAGAGCUUUUCUUUCUCCCCCAGCUCAGCCGUGACCCCUCUGAGAUUGUACAACGCUCUUGUAGUUCUGUCUUGCUUUUCAAUAAAACAUUUUGUAGAAUUUUC